AUGUUGCCUGUCACUGCUAUUCUUAGCCCCAGCCAGAGACGGACAGGCGGAACCAGAAUAGAAACUGGAGAAAAACUCAGGAAGCCCGAGCCAUGGAUGGCGAAAAAGGAGAACAUAAUCCAUGGUACUGAAGUGCAAGUCAGGACAUGCAUAGAGACAGCCAAGGCGCUGUCUCUGUUCAUAGACUCUGCCAGCCGCAUGAAGGGCCAUUCGUUGGCUGUGGAUGGCGUCGCGCAACGGGCCUUCUUCCCUCUGGGUCUUAGACUGGCUGGUGGGAAUUGGACUCGCACUGCCUAUCAUCGUGAGCCGAAAGAUCUCCCAUCCAACGCUAACCCGCGCCUAACUGGAACUAAUUCCAGCUUUCCUGGACGCUCUGUUUUCCAGCACAGCAAAGCAUCUCGUGUGGACUUUUUAGACUAG